AUGCGCUCCCCACUCUCCUCAGUGUGCCUCGCAGCGACCGCAUCUGCACAAUACUCCUCCUCCCUCCUCCCCUCCAACCCAGGCGGCGCCCUCCCCGCCAACGUCCAAGCCCCACCCACCUCGGGCUUCCACAAUGCCACCAUCCACCCCGCCCGCGGCGGCCUGGCCGUCUGCUCCUCGGGCUUCGUCUCCGUGCAAGCCAGCACAACCAAGAACCUGAAGUUCAACUUCGACCUCCCGACCAACCAAUCAGACGUCACCAACACCUUUCUCAAGUUCAUCACCCCUGGUUCAUCUUUCAUGAAAGACAUCAUGGCGGGCACGCAGUCCGUCAACGGAACAUACAACAUCGGCGCGACAUUGUGUACACCCGCGAACAACACCAAACCGGAACAAGUCCAAAUCUUGACGCAUGGAGUCGGCUUCGAUAGGCAGUACUGGGACUUUGCGCCGGGAUAUUCGUGGGUGGACAUCGCGGCGCAGUAUGACCACGCGACGUUCUUUUAUGAUCGACUGGGAGUGGGACUGUCCGAGCAGGCGGAUGCGUUGAAUGUCGUGCAAGCACCGCUGGAAGUGGAGAUUGCGCAUCAACUCGUGCAGAAAUUGAAAGCGGGAGAGUUCGGCCUCAACUUUACGAAGAUUGUCGGUGUGGGCCAUUCGUUUGGGUCGAUUGUCACGCAGGCUGUUACGGCGGAGUAUCCUACUGAUCUCGACGCCGCCAUCCUAACCGGCUUCUCAACAAACUCCUCCUCCCUCCCCAUCUUCCUCACAGGCCUAAACCUCGCCCUCGCCCUCCCCGCCUCCCCCUACCGCUUCGCCUCCAUCCCCGCCGGCUACCUCGUCUCAUCAACCAUCAUAUCGAACCAAAUCGCCUUCUUCCGUGCCCCAGGUUUCUCCCCCGCCAUCCUCAACCUCGCCGAAGCCACCAAGGGAACCGUCACAUUCGGCGAACUCUUCUCGCAAAACGCACCGACGAAACCAGCGGGGGAAUUCCAGGGUGCGGUGGCGAUUGUCAAUGGAGCGGAGGACUUGCCGUUUUGUGGAGGGAAUUGUUCGUACCCGACGGAUUUACCGCGACAGGCGUUGGAGAUGUUGUAUCCCGGGGCGAAUGUGACGGGGACGUUUUUGGCGGAGGUGGCGGGUCAUGGGGUGAAUUUGCAUUUUUCGGCGGGGGAGGCGUUUCGUUUCGCGCAGGAGUUUUUGGGGAGGAAUGUGUGA